AUGUCUUCCAUUAGCUCAACCUCUAGCUCAUCUGAUUCAGAUCAAUAUGCACAAUUUGAUGAACUAGUUGACGAACUUUUCACAAAUCACUUACCAACUAUGUUGCUUUCCCAACAACAAGCCCAACCCGUAAAUGAAAAUGAAUGUGACUCGGAACUUCCUAGAGGGGAUACAAAUAGGAGAGAUAGGGAACAGGGUCAUGAAAGAUUGUUUAAUGAUUACUUUGCUAAUAAUUCAGUGUAUAACAACAUUCAAUGUCGGCGUAAAUUUCGAAUGCAAAGGCCUUUAUUUUGUCGCAUCAUGAACAAAGUGGUUGACGGUGAUCAAUUCUUCCAGCGCCGUAGGAAUGCAGCUGGAAGGCUUGGGUUAUCACCACUGCAAAAAUGCACCGCCGCGAUAAGAAUGUUGGCAUACGGGUUAGCCUCGGAUGCGGUGGAUGAGUAUUAUCUAAGAAGUCCCACAGAUGACGAUUUAAGGCGAAUCUUGCAUCAAAAUGAAAUGCGUGGUUUUCCCAGCAUGAUAGGUAGCAUUGACUGCAUGCAUUGGGAAUGGAAGAAUUGUCCUACGGCAUGGAAAGCGCAAUAUGCAGGCCGGAGUAAGAAUGCGACCCUAAUUCUAGAAGCCUUAGCAGAUCAAGAUUUAUGGAUUUGGCAUGCAUUUUUUGGAAUCCUCGGAUCUUGUAAUGAUCUUAAUGUCCUAUAUCGGUCCUCGGUAUUUGAUGAUUUUCUGCAUGGCCGAGCACCUCCAAUACAUUUUUCAGUGAACGGACAUGAGUACGCCAUGAGAUAUUACUUGGCAAACGAUAUUUACCCAAAAUGGGCUACUUUCAUUCAAGGAAUAACACAUCCUCAAAUUCAGAAGGACAAAUUAUUUGCUGAAAAACAAGCCGCGGCACGGAAGGACGUUGAACGAGCUUUUGGGGUUUUACUGCAAUACUACGACAACCCUCACUUGCGUUUGACGAAGACAUUUUGUGUGACAUAA